AUGCUCUCCAAAAAUCUGACCCGUUUUUUGUGCAACAAGAAGAAGGCUUCUCUCUCUGCUGCUACUACUGGACUCCGUUGUGCUGCACAAUCAACAGCAGCAUCAGCAUCGGGUGCUAGUAUUUCUUUUGCUAUUCAUCAACAACACACAGGCAAGAGAGGAUUUCAUCAAGUUAAGAAUAAGAAAAUUAAUGUUGUUGGAACCACCUCCGGUUUCAAUCAUCAUCAACAGCAAAUGGUGAGAGAGUUCCACACUUCAAGCGUUUCUCAAAAGAAAAUUAUUCCGUUUAUUUUGGCAGAUAUUGGAGAAGGUAUUACUAAAGUUGAAGUUGUGAAAUGGUUUAUUAAAGAAGGAGAUCAUAUUGAACAAUUUCAAAAUGUUGCUGAAGUUAUGAGCGACAAGGCCAAUGUCGAAAUUAGCAGUCGUUAUGAUGGAAUUGUAAAGAAAUUAUGUUAUAAUGUUGGUGACAUUGCCAAGGUUGGUGCUCCUUUGAUUGAAAUCGAAGUGGCCGAUUCUGCAUCAUCACCAACAUCAACACAACAACCAUCAGCGGCCUCCUCGACUCCAUCUUCUGCUGCUGCUAGCACUACCACUUCUGCUCCAUCCACCAAUGAAGCUCUCGUUGAAGAUUCAAUUGGGAAAGUUUUGACAACUCCUGCAGUCCGAAGACUUGCCCGUGAGAAUAGCAUUGACUUGACAAAGGUCCAACCAACGGGAAGAAAUGGAAGAGUGUUAAAGGAAGACGUGCUAAGCUAUUUGCAAGAUCCAUCUGCACAAUCAAAGAAGACUGAAAAACAACCCACACCAACUAUCGCUACAACCCCAUCAGUCACCUCUGCUGCUACUACUACUACUGUGGCACAGGAUCGUCGUGAACCAGUCAGAGGUCUCAUGCGUACCAUGAUCAAGACAAUGAAUGCAGCAACCAAAGUUCCACACUUUGGAUACAAGGAUGAGAUUUGUAUGGAUAACCUGAUCGUCUUGAGACAACAUUUAAAGAAGAUGGCUGAAAAACAAGGUGUGAAAUUGAGCUACAUGCCAUUCAUCAUUAAGGCUGUUUCAUUAGCUCUUAAUGAAUAUCCAGUGUUGAAUUCAUCUUUGAGUGAAGAUGAGACAGAAAUUAUUUAUAAGGCAGAUCACAAUAUUGGUGUUGCCAUGGAUACACCAAAUGGAUUAUUGGUUCCUAAUAUCAAACGUGUGCAAAACAAGUCCAUUAUGGAAAUUGCUGCUGAGUUGAAUCGUCUUCAAGAGUUAGGUAAACAAGGAAAGCUUGGAAUGGAUGAUUUGAAGGGAGGUACUUUCACCUUGUCAAACAUUGGUACCAUUGGUGGUACGUAUGCAGAUCCAGUGCUGAGCAUUCCUGAGGUUUGUAUUGGAGCCAUUGGUAUGAUUAAGAAAGUGGCCUCCUUUGACGAGCAUAAUCAUGUCGUUCCAAAGAAUAUCAUGUUUAUCAGUUGGGCUGCUGACCAUCGUGUCAUUGAUGGAGCCACUAUGGCUAGAUUCUCUAACAGAUGGAAGGAAUUUUUGGAAGAACCAGACAAUUUUAUUGUUAGUCUCAAGUAA